AUGAGGCAACCACAACUACAACAACAAAAACAAGUCCAUCAACCAGCAAAACAACCCAGCACACAACCAGCGUAUCACCAAAUGAUGCAACAACUAGCCAAACAAGAACCACUCCAACCACAAGCCUCACGACUGGCCAAACAUCAAGCAGCCCAUCUACCACUCAAUCACAUCACCAACAACAACCAUCACACCAACAGAUGCAACAACUACAACAACAUCCCAGACAACCAGCAGCCCAACUACCCUCAAAACAAAAGUGGCCAAACAACCACCAGCUCUUUGAAUGAGGCAACCACAACUACAACAACAAAAACAAGUCCAUCAACCAGCAAAACAACCCAGCACACAACCAGCGUAUCACCAAAUGAUGCAACAACUAGCCAAACAAGAACCACUCCAACCACAAGCCUCACGACUGGCCAAACAUCAAGCAGCCCAUCUACCACUCAAUCAGCAUCACCAACAACAACCAUCACACCAACAGAUGCAACAACUACAACAACAUCCCAGACAACCAGCAGCCCAACUACCCUAGAACCAAAAAGUGGCCAAACAACCACCAGCUCUUUGAAUGAGGCAACCACAACUACAACAACAAAAACAAGUCCAUCAACCAGCAAAACAACCCAGCACACAACCAGCGUAUCACCAAAUGAUGCAACAACUAGCCAAACAAGAACCACUCCAACCACAAGCCUCACGACUGGCCAAACAUCAAGCAGCCCAUCUACCACUCAAUCAGCAUCACCAACAACAACCAUCACACCAACAGAUGCAACAACUACAACAACAUCCCAGACAACCAGCAGCCCAACUACCCUCAAAACAACAAGUGGCCAAACAACCACCAGCUCUUUGAAUGAGGCAACCACAACUACAACAACAAAAACAAGUCCAUCAACCAGCAAAACAACCCAGCACACAACCAGCGUAUCACCAAAUGAUGCAACAACUAGCCAAACAAGAACCACUCCAACCACAAGCCUCACGACUGGCCAAACAUCAAGCAGCCCAUCUACCACUCAAUCAGCAUCACCAACAACAACCAUCACACCAACAGAUGCAACAACUACAACAACAUCCCAGACAACCAGCAGCCCAACUACCCUAGAACCAACAAGUGGCCAAACAACCACCAGCUCUUUGAAUGAGGCAACCACAACUACAACAACAAAAACAAGUCCAUCAACCAGCAAAACAACCCAGCACACAACCAGCGUAUCACCAAAUGAUGCAACAACUAGCCAAACAAGAACCACUCCAACCACAAGCCUCACGACUGGCCAAACAUCAAGCAGCCCAUCUACCACUCAAUCAGCAUCACCAACAACAACCAUCACACCAACAGAUGCAACAACUACAACAACAUCCCAGACAACCAGCAGCCCAACUACCCUAGAACCAAAAAGUGGCCAAACAACCACCAGCUCUUUGAAUGAGGCAACCACAACUACAACAACAAAAACAAGUCCAUCAACCAGCAAAACAACCCAGCACACAACCAGCGUAUCACCAAAUGAUGCAACAACUAGCCAAACAAGAACCACUCCAACCACAAGCCUCACGACUGGCCAAACAUCAAGCAGCCCAUCUACCACUCAAUCAGCAUCACCAACAACAACCAUCACACCAACAGAUGCAACAACUACAACAACAUCCCAGACAACCAGCAGCCCAACUACCCUAGAACCAAAAAGUGGCCAAACAACCACCAGCUCUUUGAAUGAGGCAACCACAACUACAACAACAAAAACAAGUCCAUCAACCAGCAAAACAACCCAGCACACAACCAGCGUAUCACCAAAUGAUGCAACAACUAGCCAAACAAGAACCACUCCAACCACAAGCCUCACGACUGGCCAAACAUCAAGCAGCCCAUCUACCACUCAAUCAGCAUCACCAACAACAACCAUCACACCAACAGAUGCAACAACUACAACAACAUCCCAGACAACCAGCAGCCCAACUACCCUAGAACCAAAAAGUGGCCAAACAACCACCAGCUCUUUGAAUGAGGCAACCACAACUACAACAACAAAAACAAGUCCAUCAACCAGCAAAACAACCCAGCACACAACCAGCGUAUCACCAAAUGAUGCAACAACUAGCCAAACAAGAACCACUCCAACCACAAGCCUCACGACUGGCCAAACAUCAAGCAGCCCAUCUACCACUCAAUCAGCAUCACCAACAACAACCAUCACACCAACAGAUGCAACAACUACAACAACAUCCCAGACAACCAGCAGCCCAACUACCCUCAAAACAACAAGUGGCCAAACAACCACCAGCUCUUUGAAUGAGGCAACCACAACUACAACAACAAAAACAAGUCCAUCAACCAGCAAAACAACCCAGCACACAACCAGCGUAUCACCAAAUGAUGCAACAACUAGCCAAACAAGAACCACUCCAACCACAAGCCUCACGACUGGCCAAACAUCAAGCAGCCCAUCUACCACUCAAUCAGCAUCACCAACAACAACCAUCACACCAACAGAUGCAACAACUACAACAACAUCCCAGACAACCAGCAGCCCAACUACCCUCAAACAACAAGUGGCCAAACAACCACCAGCUCUUUGA